GUGAAAGUAUUGAGGGGGCAUCAGAACUGGGUGUACAGCUGUGCUUUCUCUCCUGACUCUUCUAUGAUGUGUUCAGUUGGAGCCAGCAAAGCAGUAUGUAUUAAAGUUCUUGUACAUUCAAUGUGAUUUGGAUUAUAAUACUGUGUGCAUAAUCACUUCAAAUCUAAGUAAUCUAAGACUGCUCGGUGUCAUGAAUAUCUUAAAUGUUUUAUUUUAUGAUGAGGGAGAAUUUGCAUGAAGGAAACUAAUAUAGUUACUGAUGGUAAAAUGACAGGUUGGGGUUUUUUUAGUUAAGAGAGAUAUAUAAAAGGUAAGGGUAUAGCAAAUAUUUUUUGGUAUGGUCUAGGAAGUUUAUAUGCUUGUUAAAUAGUUUAGUCCAAAUGUUAAAGACAUUCCCAUGCUAAUUAUUUUCUCUGUUGUUCUAUUUUUUUUGUCCAGUUUGCUGUUUUUAAAGUUUUGAGUCCCAGCUGGUCCUGGACAUUUAACUGACAAAAAACAAAAAAAGUAACUUAAAACCCCAAUAAGAAUAUUAAUAAUAAUAGCACUCAUGUAUAUCCUAGAAUGAGUUAUAGAAGAAAUGUGUUAAGGUCUGGUUGAUAUAACAUGCCUAUAGACAACUAAAGUAAAUGCCUCGGAGGGUUUUGUUUGUUGUGACCUCUCAAGAGUUGUUGGCCAGCUCUAAGUUACAUGCAAAGAGGGCAUACUAGCUUCGGGUAUAUCUCUAUGGAAAUGAUGAAUGUCCAAGUACAUGUGUUAGUCACAUUACACUUUAAUGGGGGAUGGGAAGCUGAUGAAAUGCAUUUUACUUAGCCGACUAGUAUGUUAAAAGGGUAGAUGCAAAAUGUUGGUAGUUUAAAACAAAAUAGCUAGUCUAGUUCGUUAACAAUCCUAAGAAGAACAAAGCUAGAUGUUGACAAUUGCUAUUUUAGGCUGUGUGUUUUCCAUAUGCUUCUUGCUUUUCCUGUCACAGGUGGUGGCAGCAAUAUUGGUGUGAUUGAGGUUAUGCUGGCACCACUCGCACACAGGCGCACAAUGGUGUUAGCUGGGCAGAAAGAGUGGCAUCUCUGGCUGCCGGGCUGGGGGCGACCUUUACCGUAGGAUGAAGUGACCUUGCAUUCGGCUGCAAGGUGUACUGUACGUACACAGAUUUUCCUGUGGAAUAUGGACAAAUACACCAUGAUAAGGAAGCUAGAAGGCCAUCACCAUGAUGUUGUAGCUUGUGACUUUUCUCCUGAUGGAGCUUUACUGGCUACUGCAUCUUACGAUACUCGCGUGUUUGUCUGGGAUCCACACACUGGAGGCGUUCUGAUGGAAUUUGGGCACCUGUUUCCCCCACCUACUCCGAUAUUUGCCGGAGGAGCAAAUGACCGCUGGGUACGAUCGGUGUCAUUUAGUCACGACGGACUGCACAUUGCGAGUCUUGCUGAUGACAAAAUGGUGAGGUUCUGGAGAAUUGAUGAGGAGUAUCCAGUACAAAUUGCCUCUUUGAGCAAUGGUCUCUGCUGUGCCUUUUCUACUGAUGGCAGUGUUUUAGCUGCUGGGACACAUGAUGGAAGUGUAUAUUUUUGGGCCACUCCAAGGCAAGUUCCUAGCCUCCAACAUUUAUGUCGCAUGUCAAUCCGGAGAGUGUUGCCCACCCAAGAAGUCCAGAAACUGCCAGUUCCUUCCAAAGUUUUGGAGUUUCUCUCCUACUAUAUGUAGAAAACUCUGCCUUCUCUAGUGGAGGAACAGGCUUCCGGCCCCUGUUUUUAAAGAUUUAAAAGAUUUGUUGGCUAUGUUCUUAAACUACAUGUUGAUCUGUUGAGCUUUUAAAAUAUUAUUUAUUAGCCUAUAGGAAAAAUAUUUCUGAAAAUAUCAAAUGUAAAUUUAAGUCCAACUGUGAAAACAUGUACUUGUAUAUAUUUAGAUAAAAGCUGCUAUGUGUUGAAUGAGCUCUUUUGCUUUUCUAAUUUUUUGUGUCUGAUAUAUGUAUCUUUGCUGUGAAGUGGAAGGAGUUUUUAUUCUGGGAUACUGAGUAAGAUGGUAAAUAACUAACACAAGAAAGCGGAAUUGCCUUAUACAAAUGUGUAUUUGGUUUGGUGGAAUUAGACCACUGAUAGGUGUGUAAAACAGUUUUUGUGUAGGGAAAUGAAUGGCAUCUGAAAUCUGGAGUUUGAAUGUGACAUUAAAUAUAGAACAGAGCCAGAAUAUAACUAAUAAAAGGACAUACAUGUAUACACACAAACACACCCAUAUAUGAAUAUAAUGUUUUCCCCUUAUGUAACUGCUACAGGUGUUAUUUUUGGAAAGCAAACUGCUUCGGUUAAAAGUAUUACAUAUUUUAGUAAAUUUGAAAGCCCAUUUAUUGUAUUAUUGCUAAAUACUUUGGUUGUACUAAGGGACAGUUAUUUUAAGACCAUUUUUUUUUGUCUUCUGCAUAUUUACAUGUAUCCCAUUUCUGCAGGGAUGAUACUGGUCACUAGCCAAAGAGAAGCAAUACAGCAUAUCUGCUUUUGUCUUCUGUUAUUUAUCAUACCUGCAGAUACUAAGAAUGUAUGCAGUAUGUAAAAUGCUUGACAAUAUAUUUUUGUUGACUUUUUAAAUUAAAGACUUGUUUAAAAAAAGAAA